CUUAUCGCUAUGCAUUUAUGGUAACAUAUGAUAAAACAAAAAAGUGAAAGGAGGUGGUAAUCUAUCCCUCUUUCCUCACUGGCACAAACACCAGCAUCAAACUACACUCCUAUUUCAUGUUCAUAGAUCUUCAACCGAAACCCUAGAUGAUAACCUGCAACAAUGGUGUUCAAAGGCAGAUUCUUCCAUUCGAAGAAAUCAUCCGACAUUUCAAGCCCUGAGGGAUCCAACAGCCCUAGAUCCACCGGUUCUAGCUCCAAUUCACCGAUCAAGUCCGACAAAAAGAAACCUAAAUCCACCGCUAAAGACGAUCAUAAUCAUCCGCCGAUCGCUUCUUCGUUUCGUCAGAUUCAAGUCAAAGAUGCGUCAAAUUCGCCUUCAAUUUCCAAGGAUCGAAGCCGUAGUAAGAAGGAUGUAGCUCCUCAAAAUGUUCAGAAUUCGAGUUCGAUCGCCGGAAAACCUAGUUUGGGAGCAGGAACGGCGGCAGGAUCGUCCAGUUUGAACCCGAAAGCGGCGGCGGAAGGUCCGGCGACGGUUUCUCCGAUUCUGGCGUCGUCGCUAGGGUUAAAUCGGAUCAAAACGAGAUCUGGACCGUUGCCUCAGGAGAGUUUUUUUAAAUUCGAUAGCAAUAGUAAUAAUAAAAGUAAAGGUAGUAAUAAGUUGUCUUCACUUGGUGCUAGUAACCUGUCGAAAUCGAAAAAUGGUGAUGGAACUAGUUUUAAGGAGGGAUUUGGUACUGAAACGAAGAAGAUGGGACAUAGUUUGGUUAAUGAUGAUGGUAGCGUGUCGACGGAGAGUUUUCCGGCUAGGGAUCAGACUCCGAAUGUUGUUUUAGGUCGUUCGCGAUUACAUAAUACCGAAUCUUCAUCGGAUGCUGGGCAUUUGAAAUCGAGGGGAUAUUCUGGAGGCUUGAGGAGUUCAGAGGUUUGUACUCCAGAGAUGAAGGCAUCUUAUGAUUGUGAAAACCCAAAGGAAUCCGAAUCGCCUCGCUUUCAAGCUAUACUUAGGGUUACAAAUGCACCUAGAAAGAGAUAUCCUGCUGACAUCAAAAGUUUCUCCCAUGAACUUAACUCAAAAGGCGUACGGCCUUAUCCAUUUUGGAAGCCUCGUGGCUUAAGUAACUUAGAGGAUGUAUUGGUAACUAUACGAGCAAAGUUUGACAAAGCAAAAGAGGAAGUUGACUCUGAUCUACAUCUAUUUGCAGCUGAUUUACUCAACAUUCUUGAAAAAAACACAGAAAGUCAACCCGAAUGGCAAGAAACGUUAGAAGAUUUGCUAGUUUUAGCUCAAAGAUGUGCUAUGACUACCCCUGGAGAAUUUUGGCUGCAAUGUGAAAGCAUUGUUCAAGAUUUAGAUGAUAAGCGUCAAGAACUCCCAAUGGGAAUCUUAAAAAAACUUCAUACCCGUAUGCUUUUUAUUCUCACAAGAUGUACAAGAUUACUACAGUUUCAUAAAGAAAGCGGAUUGGAAAACGAACUCGUGUUCCAGCUCAGACAAUCGUUACAACCCGCAGAUAAAGUUAUUCCUCAAAAAACGUCAAAACCACCAUCAACAAUGAAAUAUUACAGUCAAGAACAACACAGACCGCAUGAUUUGGGAUGGAAGAAAGAUCCGACAAGGCAAAAUGACAUUUCUAUCCCUACACCUGGUGUAGACAUCGGUAAAGAUGUAGAUUUAGACUCAGAUUUGCCCACGGGCCGAAACCGUAUGGCAUCAUGGAGGGAACUGCCAUCUCCUGGAGGAAAAAUCAUUAAAGAAGUUGUACCUCCUGUUAAGGACAAAAAAGUAGUUUCACAUUCACCUGAGCUUCCUACUGCGAAAGAUUCUCACACAACUACUACCUCUAAGCAUCAGCAUAAAGCUUCAUGGGGGUGGGGGGACCACCAAUCGAAUUAUGUUGAUGAAAGUUCGAUAAUUUGUAGGAUUUGUGAAGAAGAGGUUCCUACUUUACAAUUAGAAGAUCAUUCUAGAAUUUGUGCAAUUGCCGACCGUUGUGAUAAAAAAGGUCUUCGUGUGGAUGAACGAUUGGUUAGGGUUUCCGAAACGCUUGAGAAACUGAUGGAAUCUUAUACGCAAAAGGAUUUGACUUUGCCUGUUGGAAGUCCGAGUCCAGAUGGUGCAAAAGUUUCGAAUUCAAGUGUUACUGAGGAAUAUGAUGUUUUGUCUCCGAAACUUAGUGAUUGGUCUAGAAGAGGGUCAGAGGAUAUGCUUGAUUGUUUUCCGGAUGGUGAUAAUACGGGUUUUAUUGAUGACAUGAAAGGUGUGACAUCAUCAUCAUCCAUGCCGUAUAAAACACGGUUUGGGCCUAAAUCGGAUCAAGGAAUGACAACAUCAUCUGCCGGUAGCAUCACUCCUAGGUCACCAUUGAUGACACCUAAAACUAGCCCUAUAGACUUGUUAUUGGCGGGAAAAGGUUCUUAUUCAGAACAUGCUGACCUCCCACAGAUGAAUGAACUUGCUGAUAUUGCUAGAUGUGCCGCAAACACACCUUCAGAUGACGAUCGUUCUCUCCCAUAUUUGCUUACUUGUCUUGAAGACCUAAAAGUUGUCACUGACCGCAGAAAAUUUGAUGCUCUUACUGUUGAAACUUUUGGAGCACGAAUAGAGAAGCUUAUUCGGGAGAAAUAUUUGCAGCUAUUCGAGUUAGUUGAUGAUGAUAAACUUGAUAUCACGAGUACUGUUAUUGAUGAAGAUGCACCAUUGGAAGAUGAUGUUGUACGCAGCCUUAGAACCAGCCCGAUACAUUCAUCCAAAGAUCGUACUUCUAUCGAUGAUUUUGAGAUUAUAAAACCAAUUAGUCGUGGAGCAUUCGGUCGUGUUUUUUUGGCGAAAAAAAGAACAACAGGGGAUCUCUUUGCUAUUAAGGUCCUUAAAAAGGCUGACAUGAUCCGUAAAAAUGCUGUUGAAAGCAUAUUGGCUGAGCGUGAUAUUUUAAUAUCAGUGCGCAAUCCGUUUGUGGUCCGGUUCUUCUAUUCUUUUACUUGUCGUGAAAAUCUGUACCUAGUUAUGGAAUACUUGAACGGUGGUGAUUUGUAUUCACUGUUGAGAAAUCUAGGCUGCCUAGAUGAAGAUGUUGCUCGUGUAUACAUUGCAGAAGUGGUGCUUGCUUUGGAAUAUCUUCAUUCUUUACAAGUGGUUCACCGUGACUUGAAACCAGAUAACUUGUUGAUCGCACAUGAUGGUCAUAUUAAGUUGACUGAUUUUGGGCUGUCGAAAGUUGGGCUGAUUAACAGUACAGUCACAGAUGAUUUAUCGGGCCCAGCAGUUAGUGGCACGUCACUAUUGGGAGAACAUGAAUCCCAACCAUCUGUAUCUGAAAGUCAACAAGAAAGACGUAAAAAUCGGUCUGCUGUGGGCACACCUGAUUAUUUGGCACCCGAGAUUCUUUUGGGAACUGGACAUGGUAUGUCGGCUGACUGGUGGUCAGUUGGGGUGAUACUAUUUGAGCUUAUUGUUGGCAUUCCUCCUUUCAAUGCAGAGCAUCCUCAGUUGAUAUUUGAUAACAUUCUUAACCGUAAUAUACCCUGGCCAAUGGUACCUGAAGAAAUGAGCCCUGAAGCGGCAGACCUAAUUGAUCAAUUAUUGACAGAAGAUCCAAACCAGAGGCUUGGAGCUAGAGGAUCAACCGAGGUGAAGCAGCACCCAUUUUUCAGGGAUAUUAAUUGGGAUACACUUGCACGACAAAAGGCUGCAUUUGUUCCUGCUUCAGAGAGUGCACUAGACACGAGUUAUUUCACAAGUCGCUACACUUGGAAUACUUCAGAAGAACAUGGAUAUCAAGCUAGUGAAACAGAAGAUUCUAGUGAUGCUGGUAGCAUGAGUGGUAGCAGUUCACCAAUUAACGGCCAUGAUGAAGUGCAGGUUGAUGAGUAUGGAGGUCCUGCAGAACUUGGAUCGCCAUCUGAUGUCAACUACUCUUUUAGUAAUUUCUCGUUCAAGAAUCUGUCCCAACUUGCUUCUAUCAAUUAUGAUUUGCUUACCAAAGGAUUAAAAGACGAUCAGACGACAAAACCGAACGUAUAAAUUACUAAAUUAUCCCUGGAGGGUUUUCAAUGGAGGCAUGAAAGGCUGUAAAUAUAGAAGUAAGGCUAAAAUGGUCAAAUGAGCCACACAUAUAUGACCAAAAUGGCGAGUAUCAUCUGAAAACUAUUUAUUUGAAUUUAAAACAUUUAGUUGGAGAAGAAAAGUCCCAAUGCCCUCAAAAUUUUGUGGUGUUUCUUUCUUUUUUUUUUAUAAUGAAUAAUAUUGUCUUUUAUUUUAAUAUGGACACUAAUGUUUUUAACA